CUCUCAAGCUCCGAAAGAAGAAAAAGAGCAAACUAAAAAAAAAAUGGGUGGCAAAUACCAUGUAAGAUCAAUCAGCUUGCCUUCAAGGUCACAUCCUACCACCCUUAGAAUCGAAGAUGAGCUCAACAGGCUCAAAGCUUGGGAAGCAUCAUCACCUUUGACCACAUGUGAGUCGAUUUUUACAUGUCUUUCGGGAUUGGAAGACUUGUACCGAUGCAUGGGCGAUCUUCUCAGCAUGCCUUCGACACAACAAGUCCUCUCCCAGUAUCAUCAACAUGAGAAAUGUGUUGAUGAAUUGUUGGAUGGAUCUGUUAGGCUUUUGGACAUUUGUGGCAUUGCAAGGGAUAACAUGUAUGAAAUCAAGGAACAUGUUCAUGCUCUUCAGUCAGCUCUCCGAAGGAGAAAGGGUGAUUCGAGCAUUGAGGAUAACAUUGUUAACUACACUAAAUUCAGGAAGCAAAUGAAGAAGAAAGGAAAGAAAUUGAUCACAGAGUUGAAGCAAAUGGGAAACAAACUUGGAGCAUCACCACUCCUCCUGGACCAGCACCAGGACGAGGACCAGUAUCAUCAUUUCUUAGCUGUGAUUCGGGUCCUAACACAAGUUAAUGCAACCACUGCUUCAAUCUUCCAAUCAUUUUUCUCAUUUUUGUCGGCACCAGUUUCCUCAAAGCAAACAAGAUGGUCUGUGGUGUCAAAGUUGAUGAUGCACAAGGGGGUAAUAUCGUGUGAAGAGAAUGUAAAUGAAUUGGAAAGCGUGGAUGCUGCACUUUGCAAACACACUUCCGAUGUUGAGAAGAUGCAGAUGGCACAUAAAAGAUUGGUGGAGUUGGAAAGUGGGAUUGAGGGCCUAGAGAAGCGUUUGGAAUGCGUGUUUAGGCGGUUGAUCAAAGCAAGGACAUCUCUCUUGAACAUGAUCUCUCAAUAGAGAUUCCCAAAUCUAUUUGUUGUGCUGAGGCAUCCAAAUUUUAGAGGACAUGCCCAGAGAUUUUUUAUUCCAAUCUGAAUUCAAACCAAUUUGUACAUUACACACAAAAACUAUUGUUAUAGAAUGAUAUAUAAGUUACGUCAUUGGAUCA